GUCUCCGUUCCAACCAGCCCGACGCAUCGUUUGUUGGACUUGCCCUGUGACGCGCCGUAGGUUGACUCCAACUCAACCAUCCUCGCGUGAUCCAGCGUUUUCACCAUGGACGACACUGAAGUAAAGCUUGAACAUCGAAGUGCCGGGGGGCUUUGCUAGCUUACCGGCACACGAAACAGGACGCUCGUUGGAAGAAGGCGUUUUUCGUCCCCGAAGAUCUGACAUAACCUGACCUGAUAAAGCCCCCUAAGACGCGCGCGGUUUAAAAUCUCAAAAAAGAUGUUUUUAGCAAUCUGCCUUCAAACUAUACUUGGAAGCAUAGUCCAAAGGGGCAGUCUACAAACUUUACACUGUUCGCGUCAAGUCGCAAUUGAACUUGAACUUGGAAUGCAAUUCCCUCACAUAUGUACCACUUGGAAAGAAUUGCGGCUUCCGUGGGGAAUAUCACUUACACUCAUGGAAUGUAUGCGAUUGACCCCUACUACUACGGCGACUGCCUCAAGGAAAAACGUGAUGAGGAGACAAUAUCCCUACUUAAACGUUUGGAGGCUUUGGAUUCCUCCGUCACACACCUUAUUUGUUUGCUGAAAUCCGAGUCUAAGUCGUCACUACGCACUUCGGUGGACGAACCGAAGAGUACAGAGUUAACAAAGCUUCAGACGCCGUCUCCUGCAACUGGAAUGUUCCCCUGCUUAUCUUUGGUUGUUCAAGCAAAUCCUUUGAACCCACCGUCGGCUGCACUUUUGUUCUUCAACUUAAUUCUCAAAAGUGCCUUUCGGCUUUCGCUUCAUUUUUAUGUCCACUCAAAUGUAUCACGGAUGCCUGAAAAGUUACUGGAUUUUAUGCGUUCACUGAAGUCGUACUACGCGGAUCCUGUGAUCAACGUACGGAUCGUUUGGUCUUCUGGUAUUCCAGAUUGUGUAACUUAUAGUGAUUUUCGUGCUGGUUUACUUUACGGUGAAUCAAUGCUAUUACUGAAAUUCCUCCAGUUUUUUCCAAACAACAGUUUUCCUGAUGCACAAAGCGUGUUAGUGAGCAUAGCCGCAUUGAAUAACGCCGAUGAAAGGUCGGAUGCGUUGCAAAGAAUUUCGCGGCAUCCACAUUUUCUCACAUUGGAUCGCACCGUUCCAAGUAUCGCUGACUGUUACCUAUACGCAGUGAUGCAGAGAAAACAUAUUUUCCCGCACCUAUCGUCCGAGCUUACCGCUUGGUACACUUUUUGCGACAAACAAUUGUCCCCGGUUAUGAACACUAUACUAUAGUGUCUUUAUGUCAUGUUAAUAAUGAAGUUUGUCGCCAGUCUAACGCUUUUCCAUGCCGCAACAUCAUAACAUAAGGUUUUCACAUUUCUGAUACGAAUGUUGCAAUCAUGUGUGUUGUCUUAUUUUAAUUUGUAAAUACAUAUGUGAAAGGGU